AUGGGCUUGGGGCAAGGAGACCUGGUGUUGCAAGACCAGUUCAUCCUGGGCCUUAAAGAAGGACCAGUACGACAAGAGCUUCGUCGGCAGGUACGAAAAGCCCCCCAGCUCACCUUUGAUGAGGUAAAGAUGGAAGCUUUAGCAUUGGAGGAUGAACAAGGACAGCAAUGGCCUGCUUUCGAGUGUACAGCGGUGAGUAAAACCACACCCGUGAGCUCACACGGGUCUCAAGUAACAUUGUUCAGUGAGAGUGUAUGCAACGAGCUCUUUAGGAGCAAACAAGUUCGUAAUAGUGAUGAAAUUCCCUGGCUCACUCUGAGGGCAGCGAACGGACUUAACCUCCCGUGGGUAGGGUACAUGGUGGCCGACUUUGAAAUCCAUGGGGUCCGGGUACCUGCACGUGGCAUUGUAGUGGCUAAGGACGAGUGUAUUGGAGCAGACAAAGCCAUCCUAGGGAUGAACGUGAUUACUGACUGUUGGGAAGAACUUUUCACGCAGUACAAGGCCUCCCCCAAACACUCGACGCCACCACUGAGCAGGGAAUGGAACACUGUUUUUAUCGACUGUCAACGCAUCCGUGCUGCCUCUAAUGCAGAGCCAUGGCAAGCUACAGCGAGAUUAGCCAGUCGUACUCCUGUAACCAUACCCGCACAAAGUGAAAUGACUGUUUGGGCCAAAAUCCCACGGCCCUCUUCCAACCAGCCAGGCUGUGCGCUGGUAGAACCCCUUGGGGAAGAUGGAGGAGUUGGGGUGGCCAGAGCAUUAGUGACUGUGAGAAAGGCGCGCAUUCCAGUGGGGGUUAGGAAUGUCCAUCCGUAUGCUCUAACGCUCAGCAGGUUCCAGAGGCUGGCGACUGUCUCGGCCGUCGACCCUGACGCGGUGCGGGAUGGGAAGGAGCUCUCCAUUCUGAAUGUGGGUCCUGGAGUCGUGGAGGUUAAUCUGGUCGACACUGCUGAUCCGGACAAACCAGAGGUGAAUGAGACAACUAAUGCCCUUCCCCUCUCUAAAGGAGAUGGACUCACAGAUGAUGAGCAAAGACAAUUGAAUGAACUACUGCGAAGAUGGAGUCAUGUGUUCUCGACACACGAGGAAGACUAUGGACGAACGGGGGCUGUGAAACACCGGAUUCCCACAGGUGACUCUAACCCCAUUCGUGAGCGACUGCCUGCUCCCCCAGACCGGGAAUUGGCCGGAGAAGAGAGACUGGUUGGGGCAGUAGAGACUAUGUCUAUGGACUCUCCGCCCAAUAGCUGGAGGUGGGACCCAGAGCGCUGGAGAAGUCUACAAAAUGAAGACCCCGACUUACAAAGCAUAAAAGAGCACGUUGAAAGAGGCUCCACCCCGAACGCCCAAAUUAUAGUGUGCGUCCUGAAGGAAGAGAUGGCCCUGAACGAGUCAUCCAUCGCAACAACUUGA